AUGUCUGCCAUACGGAGGAAAUUCGGCGAGGACUACCAGGUGGUGAACACCAACCGGAGCAUGACUUUCUCUGCCCCGGUGAAGAAAAAGCGGCAGCGCUUCGUGGAGAAGAACGGCCGCUGCAACGUGCAGCACGGUAACCUUGGCGGGGAGACCAGCAGGUACAUCUCCGACCUCUUCACCACGCUGGUGGACCUCAAGUGGAGGUGGAACCUGCUCAUCUUCAUCCUCACCUACACGGUGGCGUGGCUGGUCAUGGCCUCGAUGUGGUGGGUGAUCGCCUACAUCCGGGGCGACCUGAGCCACGGCGGCCACGACGCGUCCUACACGCCGUGCGUCGCCAACGUCUACAACUUUCCCUCCGCCUUCCUGUUCUUCAUCGAGACGGAGGCCACCAUCGGCUACGGCUCGCGCUACAUCACGGAGAAGUGCCCCGAGGGCAUCAUCCUCUUCCUCUUCCAGUCGCUGCUGGGCUCCAUCGUGGACGCCUUCCUCAUCGGCUGCAUGUUCAUCAAGAUGUCGCAGCCCAAGAAGCGCGCGGAGACGCUGAUGUUCAGCCAGGACGCGGUCGUCUCGCAGCGGGACGGCAAGCUGUGCCUCAUGUUCCGCGUGGGGAACCUGCGGAACAGCCACAUGGUGUCCGCGCAGAUCAGGUGCAAACUCAUCAAGUCUCGACAGACCCCGGAGGGGGAGUUUCUGCCCCUGGACCAGUGCGAGCUGGACGUGGGCUUCGGGACGGGGGCGGACCAGCUCUUCCUGGUGUCGCCUCUCACCAUCUGCCACGAGAUCAACACCAAGAGCCCGUUCUUCGAUCUGUCGCAGCGAUCGCUCAUGAACGAGCAGUUCGAGAUCGUCGUUAUCCUGGAGGGCAUCGUGGAGACGACUGGAAUGACCUGCCAGGCCCGAACGUCGUACACUGAGGACGAAGUCCUGUGGGGCCACCGCUUCCUGCCCGUCAUGUCGCUGGAGGAGGGCUUCUUCCGAGUCGACUACUCUCAGUUCCACAACACCUUCGAGGUCCCGACGCCGCCCUACAGCGUCAAAGAACAGGAGGAGAAGUCCUCGCUGACGUCGCCCAACCCCCUCCCUGUGGCGCCCACCCCGCCGUCCCCCCUGCUGGGCAACGGCGGGCGCGGCGGGCGCAGGGACAGGCUGCUGUCGGCGGACUGCGCCGACCACGCCGAGGACCAGCCGUCCCGGCUGCCCAGCAAGCUCCAGCGCAUGAGCUCCACCAAGGAGGAGCACCUGUGGAGGGGGCUGCGGUCGGCGCCGUCCCUGCCCGGGGGCAAGGCGUCCAGCACGGGCGACCUGCCGCUCAGCAUCCAGAGGCUGCGGUCCAGCUCCAUCCCGGCCGUGAGGCAGGGGCAGCCGGAGGAGCAGGUCCAGCUGCUGUCCCUGGACGGAGAGGCCGAGGACGGCGAGCCCGAGAGACACAAACCCCCCGCGGCCGUCUGCGGCGGCGGCGUUUCGGCACCGGGACACGGGCCUCUGGCGGGGGGCCGGCCGGAGGACAACCUGCCACCCAAACUGCGCAGAAUGAACGCCGACCGCUGA